CAACCGAGUCUCUGGUUCCCGUCAAAAACAAAGAGUUAGGUUAGGUGACUUGCUUCUUGUACUGUAAACAAAUGUUUUCAACUUAAUUAAUGCAUUUGGCUCCAAGGUUUAAUCAUAAAUGUCUUCAAACCAUGGCUGACAGCAAUGUACGUUGGGCUUUCAAUACAAGAAAAUGGUUUCCAACUUUGGAAGAGUUGGUAAAAUGUAUAACCUAUAUUCAACUAGAAGAGAAGAAUAGGAUAGGACGAUUUUUUUUUCGAGAGGACUUCGAGUCCUCUUUGAUAGGCCGUUUAAUGAUGAGGAAGUAUGUAUCAGAAGUUACUAAUUUGCCCUACAAUGAGAUUUUCUUCAAAAGAGAUGAAAGGGGUAAACCAAUUCUUGAAGACCCAAUGUUUCAACACAUCAAAUUCAAUGUAUCCCAUCAGGGAGAUUAUGUAGUUUUGGCUGGUUCAACAGAGCUUGAAGCCCUUGGUGUAGAUGUUAUGAAAAUGGAAUACAAGGGUGGAAAGGAAUUAUCGGAAUUUUUCAGGAUUAUGAACCGGCAAUUCACAUCGAAUGAAUGGCAAACUAUAAAUCAAGGAACCGAUGAGUACAAAAUCAAAAUGUUCGCAAGACAUUGGUGCUUGAAGGAAAGUUACGUCAAGGCAACAGGUGUAGGAUUAAAUUUGAAUUUGCUGAGAAUGAACUUCGAAAUAAAACAGAAGACUCUGUGUCGAAAUGAAAUUGUGAAUGAUACUGUAUUAUAUGUAGAUGGUGAAAAAGUGAACUGGGAGUUUCAUGAGAUGCUUUUAGACGAUAAUCAUUGUGCAGCAGUGGCGAUGGCUGGUUCGAACACAUCGAAAGUUAAAUUUAGAGAGUUGGAAAUUGAUGAAUUGAUAGGAAACGGAUUACCUUUACUUCAUGAAGAUAUUGAUUAUUGUAAAACAUAUUUUGAAAAGAAGAAAAAGUCAUAAGCUUUAAUUUUUGACUGUCCAAGUGAGAAUCUUGAAAGAAUUUUGAGGAACGAGUGGAGAACUUGAUUUUCAAGUCAAUAAACAUGUGAUAAGCUUGCUACAGGAAGGGGUACUAAGAAUAAUAUAGUCACUCAAUUUAUUUGAUCAAUAUAUAUUAUUGGUCUUAUAUUUAUACCCAGUAACUGGAUGAAUUGAUAUUCUCGAGAUACUGGUUGUUGAAUUGAAAUUGUUACAAAAAUGGUGAAAAUAAAAGUUUGCGAAAUAUAAUCAUAAAUAUUA